CGGAGCGGCGGGGCCGGCGCCCGCGGGAGCCCGGGGCGCGGCGACCCGGGCAGCCCCGCCCGGCCCUCUCUCGCUGUCCGCGCCCAUGUGGCCCCCGGCGCGCUGGGCGAGGACGAACCGCUAUGGCCUCCUGGCGCUCCUCGCCCUCUGCGUGGCCGCAGCCCGCUGUCUUCAAAGCCAGGGCGUGUCACUGUACAUUCCCCAGUCAACCAUCAAUGCCACCGUGGAGGAAGACAUCCUGCUGUCUGUGGACUACGCCUGCCAUGGGGUGCCCACCAUCGAGUGGAGGUACAGGUCCAGCUGGGGAGCACAGAAGAUUGUGGAGUGGAAACCAGGGACUCCAGCCAAUGUCUCCCAAAGCCACAAGGACAGAGUUUGCACUUUCGACAAUGGCUCCAUCCAGCUCUUCGGUGUGGGAGUGCGGGACUCCGGCUACUAUGUCAUCACUGUGACUGAGCGCCUGGGGAGCAGCCAGUUUGGCACCAUCAUGCUGCAGGUGUCUGAGAUUCUUUAUGAAGACCUUCACUUUGUUGCUGUCUUCCUUGCCUUGCUGGGUGCGGUGGCUGCAGUGUUGAUCAGCUUCAUGUGGGUGUGUAACAGGUGUGCAUACAAAUUCCAGAGGAAGAGAAGACACAAACUCAAAGAAAGCACAACUGAGGAAGUCGAGCUGCAGGAUGUUGAAUGUUAGUCACAGCUGGGCCCAAUUAUUUUGCUACCUCAAGAGGAAAGCUUUAUUUCCCAAUGUAACAAACAAACAGCCAAUCCAUUCUUCAUUAUCCUGUGCUCGUGUCACCUAAGCCAUUGCUAAUGAGACGGAUAGAAGGGAAAUUGACAACAUGGAGUUGAAGACUGUGGGUUGAACAAAUUCAGGGUUUUGGACUUGCAAGAAGCUCAUGGAGUAGCUUUGAUGCAUAGCUUUGCUUGGCUGCAGCUUCAAGGCCAUGUCCAUACCCAUGACUAUCUGAUACUGCUCUUGACUCAAAUGG